AUGGAUCUGGCUGAUAUGCGAUUUGAGUACACCAAAGGAGAGACUUGUAUGACAGAUUUCACAGUCCACCUUCCCGAUGGGAACGUCCUCCGAUCGAAUUUCUGUCAAUAUUGGGACAAAUUCAAAUUCAACAAGAAAUUCAGUUAUUUUUUGAUCGAUUCAAAGGAUUUUGAGAAUAUGGAAAGAAUGUGGAGCCGAUAUCAGGAUCCUGUGAAAAUCGAUAUUGCCACUGAAUGCUUUUUGGGGAAUCUUGUCAGGUUUACGCUCGUUCCCGACCCGUCCCACGAAGUCACCCGCCGCGAGUACCAGCAACGUAAUGGACACAUCCGAGUCUUUGCACCGGACAUGAAAGUGGUCUCUGAUAACUUUUCUGCAUGCAUGUUCGUUUUUGAGAGUCUUGUGAUGGGAGAAAAUUGGAAUCAAGAGACGGAGGAUCGGAAUACGUUGAGACAAGAGACAAUUGGAUUGAUGACGACGCUUGGGAUCUUUUUGCAGGACAAGUACAUCGACUGUUCCAACCAGUGCAUCAUGAUUCAAACGGCACGAAUCUCGGCGGAUCGACUUGACGAGGAUCCGAGAGCAGUGCCAAACUAUUUUCUGCACGGUCGGCAAGCGGAUAACGAGAUUUAUAUGGAACAUUUGGAUAAAGUUCUCCAGGAUUUUGAUCUACAAAAGCAUCCGAUAUUUGUGAGAGGAUCAAAACCCGGUAGAAUGCCAAUUUGGGUAUUUCGAGUGCUUGUGAAGCUGGCAUGGAUUCAGCAAUUCUUCAAAGGAGAUCAUUAUGAUCCUUACUUGAUGAGUGUCAUGAUUGAAUGUCUCUAUUUUCAUGUGCCAGAGGAUUAUAUGGAUAUUAUGAAGCGAUUUUUGGCUUCAAUUUUCGAGGAGAGCAAAACAUUUGAACUCACCGACGCUGAAAACAAAAUGAUCGAUGAGGCAAACGAGAAAAUUGUCCAAAAAGAAAAAGAAGAGGAGAUGAGGGAAAAGGCAAGAAAAAGAGCCCACAACCAGAACAAGACCAGGAAAAGGAAAUAA